AUGCCGCCGACCUUCGCCGCCAUUAAUGAAGUACUAGACAGAACCAAGGAGGGGAUCGGCGCCAAAGGCGUCGACUUCGCUGUGGCCGCCGCGCUGGCCAAGGGGUUACCCCGGUUCCAACUCACAACCUCGAACUCCCAACCACUCGAGCCAAAGGACAGCACCAAGAGGGACGCCGGCCACCGGAAUCAGAAGGGGAUCGAGCAGAUCGGGCAAGAUGGGGCGGGCCUUCUCCACAAGACGCCGAUGCGGUCCGCGAGGAGACCACCGCGUCGCGACCCACGCCCGCUGCCCCCUUGCUACCCACGCAGCCAAGAGGACAGCCAUCCAGCGCCCACCGGCGCCACCUGCCGAGGGAUGCACGCCGAGCACACCAUCCGGGGCUGCCCCCCCGAAAAAAAGCAACAACGCACGCCCCGACGUCCUCUCGCCCCACCCGCACGACCUCGACCUCUCGCCCCUGCUCCUCCUCCCCCGCCGUUCGCCCUCUCCCGUUCCUCGCCGCUCCUCCCGAGCCUCCCGCCGCUCCUCCAUUCCUCCGGAGCCGCCCGCCACGCCCUUCGCCGCGGGAUCCCCUUCGUCGCGGGAGCCGCCGUCGAGCCCGUCCAUCGCGCCCAAGCCGCCGCCGGAGCAGCCCUGCGCCGCAGGAUCCCCUUCGCCGCGGCUCGCAGGUCGCCGAGCCGCCGCCCCGGAGCCGCCCUUCGCCGUGGUCCGCAGGUCGCCGAGCCGCCGCCCCCGCCCUUCGACGCGGCCCGCAGGUUCCCUAGCCGCCAACGCACACCCCCACGUCCUCCCGCCGCCCCGGAGCCGCAAUGCGACGGGCCCAAACCGGAGAUCCACAACACGGGCGGGCUGAGCCGGCGGGGCUUCCCGGCUGGGUUCGUGUUCGGGACGGCCGCGUCGGCGUACCAGGUGGAGGGCAUGGCGAGGCAGGGCGGGCGCAGGCCCAGCAUCUGGGACGCCUUUGCAGCCAUACCGGGGACGAUCGCCGGCAAUGGCACCGCCGACGUGACGGUCGAUGAGUACCAUAGGUACAAGGAGGAUGUGAGCAUAAUGAAGGAAAUGGGCUUCGACGCGUACCGGUUCUCGAUCUCCUGGUGGAGGAUUUUCCCAGAUGGGACUGGGAAGGUGAACCAGGAAGGAGUGGACCACUACAACAGGCUCAUAGAUUACAUGCUCCAGCAAGAUAACUGAAGUUUUCAAAAUUGCUUGAUUGAUUAUUAAUCAAUGUAAGCAAUCUAUCAUGUAGGUUUUGUUCGAUCCUACAGUUGAAGAAAAUCAUACUGAAGAUCUGAGCUUAAGUGUUCCAACAGCUGAAGCACCAGCUCAAGAUGAAAGGAACCUCUUAAUAUGAUUGUAGAUCCAUUCCCGUAAAGUGCAGUUAGAAUAUGGAAUCCACCUCGAACUAGGUUUAAAAAACAGAAAGCAUAUGGAAUUUUGCUCUAUCAGGUAGCAAUUUGGUUGUUCAAUCCAUCCAUAGUUACAUUUUUAAGAUAUAUUGUGGAAUUUCCUUAUUUUUUUAAUACAAGUCUGAACUUUUAGGACAUCCGACACAUGAGUUUGAACCAUCCAAUUAUAGUGCUACUAAUUUUGGGUCACUACAUCAUGCAAUACUACGGAUGCUGUUCAACAUGGCAAAGUUGGAUUUUUUUUAUUCUUUUUUCAGAUUAGAAUCACUUUAGCAAUGCCAUAUAGAUAAUACAAGAUGUGGCAAAGUGUUGUAUUCAAUAGAGAUUACAGUGAUAAAUUGGUGAAAUUAGUUUGCUCUCUGAUCUCUGUUAGCUUUAAAUCGCUAGGAAGCCAUGUAGUCCUAUUUUUAGUACUAGGAGGAGAACAUAUAUUAAAUCUAUGUCAUCCAGGGAAGAUCUCUGUUGUGCUGGGGCAAACUAAACCAGAGCAAGCACUUACUCAAGGCAAGGAGCAGUGCUCGUACUUGCUCAUGGUUGAGGUAGAUUCAGGUUAAAUUUUAUGUGUUGAUUCCCUUCUCUUGCACAUGUCUAGGUCUUUGUGCCUGAUCAAGCUGUUCUUUGACAAGUAUUAUCUUUGAGUGAUGCCAUGUUGGUAAUAAAAUACUAUAUAACUCACAUUUCAUUUCUUAUGUGUUCCUUUUUCAUUUUUGUUCUGUUCUUAUUUUUCAAGUAUUAUUUUUGACUUGUUCCAGAUAUUUAAAUGUCUUUUUACGUAUCCUUUGUUUGUUCUCAAUUUGGAUGCUUUCAUGCAGAUCAAGUUAUUAUGGAG